AUGUUUGAUUCUAGGGUUUUGAAGACGAAGGAAUAUAAAGAGUUUAGCGGCUCUAAUUAUUUGGAUACUUGGUGGGCUCUGGAGGAAAAGGCAGAGUUAUUUGGUUUGAGAACAAAGAGAAAUUUCACUUCUGUUAAUUCAAUUUUUGAGCUUGAGGACUUUGAUCGGUUGGCAUUUUAUUUGUACUUUAUAUUGGCAAUGGAGUGCAACAAGGAUGAAGCCUUCCGAGCAAAGCUGAUUGCUGAGAAGAAGAUGGAAAAUAAUGACUUUGAAGGGGCUCAAAAGAUUGCUCUGAAAGCUCAAAAUCUUUUCCCUGAACUUGAGAAUAUAGCUCAGAUACUGACCGUCUGUGACGUUCACUGCUCAUCACAAAACAGGGUAUUGGGAUCUGAAAAAGACUGGUAUGGAAUACUUCAAGUCGAAAGGUUGGCUGAUGAAGCCACCAUCAAGAAACAGUACAGAAGACUUGCACUUCUACUCCAUCCCGAUAAGAACAAAUUUCACGGUGCAGAAGCUGCCUUUAAGUUGAUUGGGGAAGCAAAUAGGGUACUAUCGGAUUCUACAAAGAAGUCUGUAUAUGACACUAAGAUUAGAGCUUCAGUUAGAACAGCUCCAGCAAAUUCAUCGCAGCAUCAGAACAAUAAUGCAAAUGGUUUCGCUGCUCGCGGUCGGAAUCAAUAUCAGACAAAGCCGCCAAAUUCUGUAGCUAGACAGGCAGGAUUCUGGACAGGUUGCCCAUUUUGUAAUGGAAGAUUUCAGUAUCCAAGAGAAUAUGUGAACAAAGCUUUACGCUGUCAUAAUGAAAAUUGCUCAAGAGCCUUCAUUGCUUAUGACCUAGGUGCUCAAGGGAUUAAUUUGGGGUCCAAAUGGGCUCAACCAGGUGUUCAAAAUGUGUCUUCGAAAUCCAGCCAGAGUCAACCUUCUCUUUCUAAACAAAAAGAGGUCCCAGACCUGGGUGACUUCAAAAUGGACACACAAAAUAUCACAAGAUCCUCAGAUUCUCAUGCAGGAUCUCUUGGAGGUGCCACCAGUAGAAAAGUUGGGUCAGAAUCAGGUCCUCAAGCAGAAACUGUGGCUGAGAUUGGUGGGGACUUGAAGGCAAAAGAAAAAGAUACCAAACAUGCCGAAUCGUUGAAUGUUGGAAAGGCAGGGAGUGCUAUGCCCAAUCGAAAUGCAACGCCUAGAAAAUCAGGAAAUAUGGAUAACAAAAGCAGGAAGAGAGGCAGGAAGGUACUUGUGGAAUCUAGCGAGAGUUCUGACACAAGUGAUUCUGACCCGGAAGAUGUGGUUAUUGAGGAAAAUUAUGACAACCAUGGGACCAGGAUGGAUCCUGGACUUGAUGGUUCCCAUCGUCUAAGGGGACAGGCUCAACCAAGGCGGCACGUCUCUUGCAAUAUAAGCGAUGACGGUGACUUUGCUAGCCCUCCCAAGAGAUCGCGUGGGAACAAAUUAUCAGGUGACGGCAAAAAGGAGGAAAAUGAGACUGUGGACAGCGAAGUUUCAAAAUUUUGUAAUCCAACUAGUUUUACUACUGAUGAAGAUAAUGCCAAAUCAAAAGUAAAAAAAAUGGGUACUUUUCCUUCUGAAGAAAGCCUCCCAUACAAGAAUGCAGAGAGUAGCGAAGUCAAGGUUGACGAACAGGCAGCUGGUAUGCAGGGCACUGUGGCUGAACCUUCUAUUCAUAUCUUGGAUGAUUCUGAACCAGAUUCAGAUUCUAGUGAUGAAGAGAAGAAAGUUUACGAGUGUCCUGAUCCAGAAUUCCAUGAUUUUGAUAUGAUCAGAGAAGAAAACUGUUUUUCCAUUGGUCAAAUGUGGGCUUGUUAUGAUACAUUAGAUUGCAUGCCUAGAUACUAUGCUCAGAUAAAAAAUAUAAUUACUCCUGGAUUCAACUUGAGCAUCAACUGGUUAGAAGCUCACCCUGAGGAUAAACAAGCGACUAAUUGGGCAAAUGUGGAGUUGCCUGUUAGCUGCGGUAGAUUUAAGCGUGGUAAGAAUGAAAAAGCUUCAGAACUUUGUACAUUUUCUCAUCAAGUUCAUUUUCAAAAGGGGAGGAGCAGAGGUUCUAUUGUCAUAUAUCCUAGACAAGGAGACAUUUGGGCUCUUUUCAAGGGCUGGGAUAUUCGAUGGAGUUCCAAUUCGGAGAAUCAUAAACAUUUCAAAUAUGAAAUUGUGGAGGUUAUGUCAGAUUUUGUUGAUGGUACUGGUAUAAGAGUUGCUUACUUGGAUAAAGUUGAAGGAUUUCUUAGCCUAUUUCAGCGAACAAGUGGGAGUGAAAUUGAUUCGUUUUUGAUACAACCCAGCGAACUGCUUAGGUUCUCCCACCAAAUUCCCUUUUUCAAAAUGACUGGCAGUGAAAGAGAAGGAGUCCCAGAAGGGUCUUUUGAACUUGAUCCUGCUGCCUUACUCCUACAAGGCUAA